AUGUCAGAAGCCACCCAGAGCCAAGGUUUAGACGAAAGACUCCCACCCCAUGCUAUCCCCGGGCUAUUCCACGGCAUGUCCACUGGCUCUGUCCUCGGCGGUGUCGGCAUGACCGACUUCGACAACGGCGAGCCCGAAGGCUGGAGCUUUCAACCUCACCCACUCAACGAUGAUCUCACUGGGGACGACGAGAAGAGGGUCAUGGGUGCCAUCUGCGAUACGAGGGUGCAUUACCAUCCUCGGAGAAUGCACUUGACGUUGCAUCGGCCUAUCCCUUCAGCAUCAGCUCUGAAUAGGGGUGCAGAUGCAGAGUAUACACAGGCGAUUGAUCCAGAGCAGCAGGCCAUCACAAGGAUCGAGUUUGUCAUACCGUCCGACUAUCCGCAAGCUGAAUAUACAGUCGAGCGAGAAGAGGAUGGCUCUCGCCGGGUCAAUGUCAUCUCCUCUGCCAGUCCUGGACGCGAGCCACUUUUUACUGAAGUGACCUGCUUCCACCCCGUUCGGAACAACCGCACCAUGGAAACGGACGGCCCUCUCAUCCGUGGGGACGAUAUCUACGUGACAAAAGAGUAUAUGGAAAUCGUCUCCGACUUCCCUUCUGACAAAGAUCGGAUGGAUCAGAUCGAGUACGAGUCGAUGCAGGGUAAUGAUGUGCAUGAGAACGGGGAACCAGUGGGGUUAUGGCCAGAGUUUGAAAAACCCAUCGAGCUUGUCCGUACGGACCAGUCCGGAGGAAGGACGUCUUUCAGCCUGGAUGCGAGCUACUUUCCUUCUGCAAAGAGGGUGACGAGGCCUACGGCUGCUGAUAACUUUAGCUACGUGACAAUCCGGCAUAAGGAUAUGGAUACCUUCGCAGAAGUACAGUUCCUUGUAGCUGCAGACGCGUCUAAGAGGGCGAGAGAGGAAGAGUGGGAGUCCAGGAUGUUUACGGACUUGUCGAUUGGGACGAGGGCGGAUGAGGGUGUGGUGACGCCUGCGUAG